AUGUCGAAAGAGACAUCAAUCGAGACACCACGCCUACUCCUCCGCGCAGCUCAAGUUGAAGAUGCAGACUCUCUGUACGAAGCCUUCUCAGAUUCCGAAGUGAUGCGAUAUUGGAGCGAACUCCCACAUACCUUGGAACGCACCCAACAAUGGUUAUCGUCAAUGCUCUCCUCCCCACAGAACGGGACAACAGACUUCGUGAUCGUUCUCAAAGACUCAUCCCAAGUCAUCGGAAAAAUCGGAAUCUUUUACCCUCGUCCUUCAAAUGAAAUCGGAUUCCUUCUCGCGAGAAAAUUCUGGGGACAGGGUUUGGCGAAAGAGGCUUUGAAAGCUCUUCUCGGCUACCUUUUUUCUCUCGAGAGAAUGGACUGUUCUACUUCGCCUUCAGAGCCUAGUCCAGGUCCGGGGUAUAAUUGUUUGAGCGAUUCUGAAAUUCGUGGUCGGUGGGCGUACCCUUCGAUUACCGCUGAUACUGAUCCUAGGAAUGCGGCUAGCAUUGGAUUGUUGAAGAGUUGUGGGUUUGUGGAGAGUGGCAUGGUUCGGAAUACGCUGCUGCUUGGCGAGGAGUGGUGUGAUUCUUUGUAUCUGAGGUUGGGGAGGGAGACGUGGGUGGAGAGGCAGGAUUGA